AUGGCAGAAAUACAGACACCGCCACCUGAAGACAUGGCAAAUAAGGGGAAGUUAUCUGACCUGAAUGCGCCAGAACCAGAGCAUUGCCCUGGCCCUACCUCUGAGAAGGCCGGCCAAGGUGACGCGUGCCAAACCUGUGAUAACAAGGAGAUAUGCACAUCUUUGCCAAAAGGUCCGGACCCGGACAUACCGUUAAUCUCGAAGCGAUUGUCCAGUAUCAAACAUAAGAUUUUGGUGUUGUCAGGUAAAGGUGGGGUUGGGAAGUCGACUUUUACCUCAAUGUUAUGUUGGGCAUUGGCCUCGGACGACGAUUUAGAAAUAGGGGCCAUGGAUCUAGAUAUCUGUGGCCCUUCUUUACCCAAGAUGCUAGGUGCUUCCCUGAAGGAGUCAGUUCAUGCGUCGAAUUCGGGUUGGUCUCCCGUUUAUAUCGCAGAUAACCUUGGUAUGAUGUCGAUCCAGUUCAUGUUGCCGUCGGAGGAUUCUGCAGUCAUUUGGAGAGGCUCGAAGAAAACAUCAUUAAUCAAGCAAUUCUUGAAGGAUGUUGAUUGGGGGUCGUUGGAUUACCUUGUUAUAGACACACCUCCAGGCACAACCGACGAGCACCUCAGUGUUACAAAUUAUAUGAAAGAAGUGGGUAUAGAUGGUGCUUUGAUAGUGACAACUCCGCAGGAAGUUGCUUUAUUAGACGUCAGAAAGGAGAUAGAUUUCUGUAGGAAGGCUGGAAUCAAAAUCUUGGGUAUUGUUGAAAACAUGUCUGGAUUUGUCUGUCCCAACUGCAGUGGUGAAUCUCAGAUCUUCAAACCAACCACAGGAGGAGGGGAAAAGUUAGCCAAAGAUCUCAAUAUCAAGUUUCUUGGAAGUGUCCCUUUGGAUCCACGAAUUGGGAAAUCAUGCGACAAUGGGGAAUGUUUCUUUGAUUUAUACCCAAAUAGCCCUGCAUCCGAUGCUAUCCUCGAUGUUGUUGAGUCGCUGAGGGACGAGAUAGAAGGACCAGUGUGA